UACGUUCUUCUACUUCUCGGCGCGAAGCAACAAGAACAGACUGCUUGUUACGCGUGUUUCUCUCCCAGUCUAUUAUAAUUGUAGUGUGAUUAAUUUUAUUCGUUGGAUUAAAACUUCGUAGAUAGUGAUGGAUUUUUUAGAGUUUUCUGAUGUUUCGGCUGAAAUUAAAGGUUCAAUGACACCAGGUCGUUUAAAACUAACGGAUCAGAGCAUCGUGUUUAAGAAUUCAAAAACGGGUAAAGUCGAACAAAUAAGUGCUUCAGACAUUGAAUUAGUUAACUGGCAGAGGCUUGCUGGUGCUUGGGGUCUACGAGUAUUUCUUAAAAGUGGAGCACUUCAUCGCUAUGGUGGAUUUAAAGAUUCAGAUCAAGACAAAUUGGCAAAGUUUUUCACACAAACCUAUAAAAAAGACAUGCUAGAAAAAGAACUAAGUGUCAAAGGAUGGAAUUGGGGCCGUGCUGAAUUCAGUGGUUCAACCAUGUCUUUCGAAGUUGGAAACCAUACAGCUUUUGAAAUUCCUCUUAGCAAUGUGUCACAGUGUACAACAGGGAAAAAUGAAGUCACCUUAGAGUUUCAUCAGAAUGAUGAUGCAUCAGUGAGUCUCAUGGAGAUGCGCCUCUUCAUUCAGUCUAAUGAGCAAGGUGGAGAUGAUGCAGUUGAAGCAUUCCAGAAGCAGGUGAUGCCCAAGGCCAGUGUUAUCAGUGCAACUGGUGAUGCCAUUGCCAUCUUCAGAGAAGUACAAUGUCUCACACCCAGAGGUCGUUAUGACAUCAAAGUUUUCCAGACAUUUUUCCAACUCCAUGGCAAGACGUUCGACUACAAGAUUCCCUCGUCGACGGUACUUCGCCUUUUUCUACUCCCGCACAAGGAUGGCCGUCAAAUUUUCUUUGUCGUGAGCCUUGAUCCACCGAUUAAACAAGGUCAAACACGAUAUCAUUUUUUGGUUCUCCUUUUCAAUAAAGAUGAGGAGACAUCAUUCGAGAUACCUUUGUCGGAGGAGGAACUGAAAGAAAAAUUUGAAGGAAGGCUUUCCCGUGAUUGCAGCGGUCCAACUUAUGAAGUAAUGAGCACUGUCAUGAAGGCAAUGGUUAACCGAAAGGUUACCAUACCCGGAAAUUUUACAGGCCAUUCUGGAACCCCAGCUGUAGGCUGCUCAUACAAAGCAGCAGCGGGUUACUUGUAUCCUUUGGAACGCGGUUUUAUUUACGUUCAUAAACCGCCAAUUCACAUUCGGUUCGAGGAAAUUGCGAGUGUAAACUUUGCUAGAGGUGGAGGAAGUACACGAUCUUUUGAUUUCGAAGUAGAGACCAAGAAUGGGGUUGUUCACACAUUCAGUAGCAUCGAAAAGGAAGAAUACAACCGCCUUUACGAUUUCGUAAACAACAAAAAACUGCGUGUCAAAAACACUGGCCGAAGUGAUAAGACAUCCCAUGCAGAUGAUUUUGGCGAUUCAGACGAAGAAGAAGCGCCUGAUGCCUAUUUGGCUCGCGUUAAGGCCGAGGGCAAACAACGAGAUGCUGUUGGUAUGUUUCAUUUAUCUCAUUUACUCAUUAAAAGCUUUUUCAAUCACGUAUUUAUUUCAGGUGAUGAUUCUGGCGGAGAUUCGGAUGAGAACGACGAAGAUUUCAAACCAGGCGAAGAAAGUGAUGUGGCAGAAGAAUAUGAUUCUAACGUUGCAACCACUGACUCGGAUGCGUCCGACGCUUCUGCUAAGGGCAGCGCUGGCAAGGGUGGUAGUGAUGAUAGUGAUUCAGAUUCAAAAUCAAAAAAGAAGAAAGACAAAAAGGAGAAAAAAGAAAAGAAAGAGAAGAAGGAAAAGAAAGAGAAAAAAGAACCAAAAGAAUCAAAGAAAUCGAGCAGCUCAAAAGCAGCGGCGCCAAAGACCCCCAAACAACGAAAGUCCAAGGCGGAUAAGGACGAAAACAAGCCGAAGCGACCGCUGUCGUCGUACAUGCUUUGGCUAAAUGACACUCGCGAACAGAUAAAAACCGACAAUCCUGGCAUCAGCGUCACCGAUCUGCUUAGGAAAGCAGGAGAGAUGUGGAAGACGGUGGAUAACCGAUCCGUCUGGGAAGCCAAGGCGAAAGAAGCAAAGGAAUCUUACGAUAAGGCUAUGAAAGACUAUGAAGCAUCAGGAGGAGCAUCAGCUGCUCCACCUUCGUCAAAGAGCAAAGAAAAAGGAGACAAAGGAGCCAAAUCGUCAAGCAAAUCAACGGUCAAAACGCCCACCAAAUCUGCGAAGCCAUCUCCAGCUAAAUCUCCUGGUGACUUCAAAAGCAAAGAAUACAUAAGUACUGACGAAUCCUCUUCAGCGUCCGAAGGUGCCUCUAAAAAGAAAUCCAAAGCAGCCAGUAAAAAAGCCGAGAAAAAGAAGAGUAAAAAAGAAGAAAGCGAGGAUGAAGAUAUGGAAAGCGAACCUGAAUCGAGUGAAAUGUCUGACAGCGAUUAAAAUAGGUAUGACGCCUUUCCAUCUCACAUACACCGUACCGUCAUCUAAACCUGAUAAAGAUGUCCGUUAUCGCUGUGCCCACCAUUAUAAUACUAUAAUACAUUGUAAUUUCCGUUUC